AUGGUCAAGUGCGCAAGAGUGCUAUUCUUGAUAAAAUCUGAGGGGGCGACAUUUGAGGAGAAGUUAUACACAUUCCAAUUCGAACCUCAUGUCAUCUUUGACGCUCCAGGAAAAAGACCUCAUGGAAGAGAUAUCAAGAUGGCAGAUACCUUUGCAGAGGUUCUCAACUUCACUCUGGUCAUCAAAAAAUCCCCGGAUGGUGAAUUCUGGGGGUUUCCUGACGCAAAUGGUUCCUGGAAUGGAAUGAAUGGAAAGAUGCAAAGACGAGAAGGCCACUUUGGACUUGGCUACUCAUUCCUUACUAACAAUGACAACAGAAUGGCAGCCAUUGAUUUCACGCAGUUCUAUGACUGUGAUGUAAGAAUCUGCUUCAUGACCAGAGUGGAACCUCCUGUACCUAAGUGGCAGUCGCUAUUGGCUCCUUUCAAGCUUGACACAUGGUUGGGUACUCUUAUUGGUUUACUGGUCUUCUCUCCGAUUGUCUACUUCCUGGCAAAUGGCCCGGCAUCUGGCGUUGAGGAAGUAAAAUCUCUGAAGUUACUUCAAAUAUCUUACUUGUACACGUUUGGGUACCACAUACGAGAACCCCAGGUUCAGAUUCCGAAGAGAACUGCCACAAAAGUAUGGAUUCUGUUCCUGUCGAUUCACACCCUAGUCCUUACGACACUUUACAGUGGCAACCUCACUGCCUUCCUGACGGUAGAGAAACGACAGCCCAGCAUCGAGACAAUACAGGAACUGCACGAGUCUGGCCGGUCAGUCAUUGGAAUUGGCUGCUACUUCAAGGUGUCCUUUGAGGAGUCUUCUAACGUGUACAUCAAGGACUUUGUAAACAGGUACCUGAGGUGGACUGAUGAACUAGAUUUUUCGGAUCAACUCAUCUACGGCAAAGGCGUCUUUUUGGAAACCAAGACGUUCCAGGAUUAUCUGAUUGUAACAAAUUACACCUACAAAGGUGUCGCCUCCAUGAGGAUUAUGAAGGAAUGUUAUUCGCCUCAGAACAUAGGGGUCACACUCCAGCGACACUUCCCAGUGAAGGAAAGCUUCAACAAGGUCAUUGGCAUGAUCUAUGAUACUGGUUUGAUGCUGAAGUGGUACAUGGACAUUCUAAGUCAAAGCAAGAGGAUUUCGUCAGACACCGGAGACAACGAAAUGGAGACAGGGGAGAGUCAAGGUGGCAUUCCACUGAGCUUGGAGCACCUUCAGGGAAUGUUCUACAUCUUAGUUUUUGGUCUUGCCAUUUCUGCUAUCGUCUUCUCCCUCGAGGUCUUUUUUUUCUGGGCCUCAGGACGGUCCAGUCACCACUAG